AUCAUUCUUUUUUUCUUUUUCCAUUCCCUUUAUUUGUUUAUUUAUUGAAUUUCAGGAAUUGGGUUGUUUUUAAUUUUGCUUGUUUCAUCUUUCCUCAGCCACAAACAAUAUCUCUGUUUGGGUGGUGAUAGCGAUUUGAGAAUCCAUCAGCUCUUUGAUUUGGAUCCAUUUCUAUUGAUCGAUUGAUCGACGCAUUUGUUAAUGGAUUAUGCUUGAGUCCAGGAAAGAUGGAAAGAAAAAAGGAAGGGUUUGUGCAGCUCCAGCCCUCUUUCGUCUGGACUGUUUUCUUUCCCUUCAUUUGAUUCUCAACUCCAUACUCUUCUGGGCUCUUAUUCGCAUUUGAUUUUAAGUUGUAUGGUGUUUUUCAAUUCAUCAUCCGUAUUGAUGUAAGAAGAUUUCGGUCAAGAGGACUUUACUCCAACUAUGGAGUGUUAUGAUCCUGUGAGUGUUGAUGAAUCGGCCGAUCCUAGCCGGAAGAUUAUUUGGCACUCUAAUUACCAACCCAAGUUAUCACCUUGGUUCGAUCUGAGGGUUUUCUAUGUGAGAGUUAGCAAUUGUGAGGUCGAUGAAUUCACCCCAGAGUAUCUCACUCUCAAUCAUAUCCCUCUUAGCCCUGACACCCUCCUUGAAGUGAAUGGAACAAGAAGCAGCAUGUACUCUGAAGGUGUUUCUUUGCUGCUAAGAAGGGAUAGGGUCGAUAAGAAAUCUGAAGAAGCCACAUUCGUGAGCACAGAUAAUAUAAGGACGACAGGGAGUGUGAAAUUUGAGGUCUAUGAUAGAGAUGAUCUGUUGCUCUCGGGAGUCUUGGAGACGUCUAACAGUAACGGUUUCAUAGGGGAGUCGAAAAACCACAGCAAGCAGUGGACCGUGAAUUGCCAAUCAGAGGUGACCGCUGGCACAGGCUUCCCGAGGGGAAAACAGUAUAUGGGUUCUGAAUCUCUACUGCCGACUGUGGAGGUUUACAUUGCAGGUUGUUUCUCGGGCACUCCUAUCAUCUUGACCAAGACUCUUCAGCUCAGUUUUCGGAAGAAGCACACAAGGAGGGGGAUGUUGGAUUCGAUUCCGGAGUAUGAGACAACUGAAAGCAAGACAGAGGUACCAUCUGAGCUUGCCUUGCAGUUAUCCAAUUUCCAGGACUACAAACAGGAGAACGACGAUGAUGACUAUCACAGUCUCUACUCGAGGGGGGAGUACAUAGAAGGUGAGGAUGGGGAGCUCUCAUGGUUCAAUGCUGGCGUGAGGGUAGGCGUUGGGAUUGGCCUUGGCAUUUGUGUGGGCAUUGGAAUAGGAGUUGGUUUGCUAGUCCGUACAUAUCAGGCAACCACCCGGAACUUCAAGAGGCGACUACCAUAAUCCUGGAUCCCAAAAGUCAAUAACCAUCUUCAUUGCAUUGUGUCUGCUUCUGUUGUCCAUAAGACACAUCUAACUUAGUGUUGUUUGUUGAGAUAUUCCUGUUUGUGAGAUGUUCAGGAGUCUGAAAUUUUCUUGAUGUAGCUGACACAGUCCUCUCUUUUUUGUAUGUUUAUGAAAUUUGUACUGUGGAAGUGAAGUUUUGUCAAUGGCGAGAGAUGUAUAUCAAUUUGAUGGGUGUUAGAAGUUCUUGUCUUUUAA